AUUGAGCUGAUUGAACGGUUGACUCGGACGGGGUUGAGUACGAUCGAGGCUGGGUCAUUUGUCUCGCCGAAAUGGGUUCCUCAGAUGGCCAACUCGAGCGACAUACUCCAGCACAUUGUGCAGAACAAGAGCACGUCACCGGUGCCGGUGUCGUACUCGUUCCUGGUGCCCAACCUCAGGGGGCUGGAGGAUGCGGCGGGGAUCCUCAAGGCCAACGCCGGUGGGUUCUCCUCGCAGCUGGAGCCCGGCGGCGACGGGGAGAGCAAGCCGGGGGUGGAGAUGGCGGUCUUCGCGGCGGCGACGGAGAGCUUCUCGCGGCGCAACCUCAACUGCGACAUCCAGACGUCUCUGGACCGGUUCAGGGCGGUGAUCCAGGAGGCGAAAGGGCUGGGUCUGCGGGUGCGGGCGUACAUCUCGGUGGUGCUGGGGUGCCCGUUCGAGGGGUACGACGUGGACCCGCACCGCGUGGCCGAGAUGGCGGCCGGCCUGCUCGAGUCCGGCGCCGACGAGGUGUCGCUGGGAGACACGACGGGCAUGGGCACGGCGCCGCGCACGGGCAUGCUACUCCGCAGCCUGUCGGCCGCGGGCAUCAGGACCGAGGACCUGGCCAUGCACUUCCACGACACGUACGGCCAGUCGCUGGUCAACACGGCCGUGGCGUUGGAGCACGGCGUGCGCACCUUCGACAGCGCCGUCGCCGGCCUGGGUGGCUGCCCCUACAGCCCCGGAGCCACGGGCAACGUGGCCACCGAGAACAUGGUCUACUUCAUGGAGACGCUGGGCAUGAGCACCGGCGUCGAUCUCGAUGCCGUGGCUGACAUCGGCCAGUGGAUCUCCGCCGAGCUCGGCAGGGAGAAUGCCAGUACCGUCGGCAGGGCCGUGUUGGGUGCCAGGGCUAGGGGGGCUGCGGAGGCGGCUCAGGGGAAUUGA